CCUGCGCGAGGGUAUGAUGAUGCUCAAUCCCAACACUCAUGCUGGUUGGUUUGGUUUUGGUUCAUCCAUAAUGAUCCACGGAGGCUGCAGCUGUCAGAGGAGCUAAGCUGUAGAGAAGUUGUACUUUUUUUUUUGUUUUGUUUUGUUUUUACCGCGAUGAUCUUCACAACAGAGCAGGUCGUCUGUGUGUGUGAGGUCCUGCUGCAGGGCGGCCACAUGGAUCGUCUCGCCAGCUUCCUCUCCACUCUUCCUCCCUCCUCCUCCUCCUCUUCUUCGUGCCACUGGGAGCUGGAGAGCGUGCUGAAAGCCAAGGCAGCCGUGGCCUUUCACCAGGGCCGCUUCUCGGACCUCUACGUCCAGCUGGAGGGCUUCCCGUUCUCCCCGCGCAGCCACCCGUUCCUGCAGCAGCUGUGGCUGCGGGCCCGCUACGCCGAGGCCGAGAGGCAGCGGGGUCGGCCCCUGGGGGCCGUGGGGAAGUACCGCGUGAGGAGGAAGUUUCCUUUACCCCACACCAUCUGGGACGGCGAGGAGACCAGCUACUGCUUCAAGCAGGAGAGAUCGCGGAGCGUGCUCCGGGAGUGGUACCACAGAAAGCCGUACCCGUCCACCCAGGAGAAACGGGAGCUGGCCGCCGCCACCGGCCUCACCUCCACCCAGGUCAGCAACUGGUUCAAGAACCGCCGACAGAGGGAGCGAACCACGGAUGUUAGCAGUUUUCAGUCGCCCCUCGCUGGAGGACAUUCAGGUGAAGUCUACCUGUCCUCUGAGAAUGAAGCUUCUCCCCAAGGCAGCCCGCAACCCCGGAGACGCCGCCCGACACCUCCACCCUUAUGCCACCCUCCUCUUCCUCUUCCUCUUCAUCACACACAUCAAGACUGCUAGACUUUUAUUGACCAACAAAACAAGAAAGAGCCACGGCAGCUAAACCCCGACACAAGACGGACAGA